ACGUAACAUCCACUUGUUCCAUUCCAGUUGAUAACGGCUACGGCAGAGCUCACUCCCUGACUUCAGACUUAACAAAAAGUAGCCUCAUCCACUCCUCAACAACUCCUCCAUAAACCCCAUGGGAUUUCUCAAUUGCGCAUGCAAGAAUCUCGCCACUCAAGCCCAAGGCAACACACAACGGCACAUGUCCUUCCUUUGCUGCAUGAUGCUGAUCCCUUUCGAGGUCUCUGUAUGGAGGAUCGAAAAACACCAACCAAAAAUCAAGAACCUGGUGCAUAUGGAGAACUAGCUCUGCAGAGCUAAGCUCAGCUCCAUCCAGAAGAGAAAAGAAGCAUUGGGAGCUCCGAUUUAACCAUUUCAUCCCACGUAAGCUCGAUGAGCAUGUCGGCUAACGAUAUGUGUAUCACAGCUUUAUUAUUUAAUGAUUAGACGAGCCAGAUAUCAGAAAAGACAGCGAGACACCUAUCUUUGUGCUACCAAAGCUUCUUCUUAUGAAGAAAAUGACCUCAAAUUACUCACCGACCAUUCAUUUCUCUCUCGUCUAUUGCGUCAGUACGCGUGCCCCGCUAGGACGCGCAGGAGCCGGUGUACACAUACAAACGGUGAUGCAAGCAAACGAAUGGACGAGUGUGGCUACAUCAUCAUACAUCCAGACCAUGAUUCACGUGACAUCACAGACAACCUCCAUCAUCACCGCCACUAAAGAGAGUUAUAAUACUUUUCCACAUCAUGACAGAUAUUCUCCAUUAUAUCAUGAUCGAAUUAUGUCACCGAGUUUCCUAUUUCCGCUCCGGGUUUCCCUUUGAUCGUAAGGGGUUCCGUCAAAGCAUGGUCGAGAUAUUGUUGGACUCGGUAUUUGAUGGAACUAUGCUCCAAGAGUCAUACUGAUCGGUUCAGAUUCCACGAUCAUUAAUUUUAUACAUUUGUGUCGUAUCCCAC